CUGCCGCCCAGUCAGUGGCUCCUGCAGGUCGCAGGGAGCUGCUCCCAAGGACCAGGCGGGCAGAGCGGCGCCUGGAAGAUGCGCUCAGUGGCUGUCGGUGCCCUCAAGGCCGCCUUCCUCGUCUUCGCCUCCAUGUGUGCCUGGUAUUCAGGGUACCUGCUUGCAGAGCUCAUUCCGGAUGCACCCCUGUCCAGUGCCGUCUACAACAUUCGCAGCAUUGGUGAGAGGCCUGUCCUCAAAGCCCCUGCCCCCAGAAGGCAAAAAUGUGACCACUGGACCGCAUGCCCCCCUAACAGCUAUGCCUACCGGUUGCUCAGCGGUGGUGGUCGGAACAAGUACGCCAAGAUCUGCUUUGACGAUGAGCUGCUCAUAGGAGAAAAGGCUGGGCGUGUCGCAAGGGGAAUAAACAUUGCCAUUGUUGACUAUAUAACUGGGAAGCCGAUAGCAACACAGUAUUUUGAUAUGUAUGAAGGUGAUAACUCUGGACCAAUGGCAAAGUUCAUUUGGAGCGCUCCCGUGAGAUCCCUGCUGUUCAUGGUGACGCACGAUGACGGAAGCACCAGACUGAAGGCUGACGCCAAGGACGCCAUCGAAGCACUUGGCAGUAAAGAAAUCAGGAACAUGAAAUUCAGGUCAAGCUGGGUGUUUCUUGCAGCAAAAGGCUUUGAACUCCCUUCAGGAAUUCAGAGAGAAAAGAUCAACCACUCGGAUAAUUCGAAGAACAGAUACACUGGCUGGCCGGCAGAGAUACAGAUAGAGGGCUGUAUACCCAAAGCUCCACGAUAGCAUGGCGCGUCCCCAGUAAACGCGUUUGGCGUGGGGGAAGGCAGCGGCUGGCAGGAGCACCUCACCUCUUUAAGUCCAGCAGCCGGUGCCUGAAGAAUAUUUUGCUAGUUGAUAAAAUCUCGGCACACGAUGUUAGUACACUGGUGCUUGUGUCGUGAGGCUUGCGAGGAGCAGGACGCUGGAGUGAGUGGGGUUGCCGCGGGGGCCCAGAGGUUUAGCGUGGACAGUGGGGGGGGGCGCGCUGCUCAUCUGGGUCUGGAGCAGCUCCACACUCUUCUACCCCAGCCUGUGUGGUCCAUGGAGCCCUGCAGAGGGUCUGGAUCCUCUGGUCACUCAGCACACCAUGGCCCCCAAGUCAUCUCCUAGGAGAAUGAGCAGUGGUCGGGAGGGCAAAGCCUACAUCUUGGUCACCUCCGCUGGCACUCUAGCUCUGCUGGGGGCUGUUCGUUCAUACCUGGGUGCUGCCUGCCCCUGGCACUCGGGAUCCCAAGUCUCUGUAGAGGCCUCUGCAAAUCAAGGAUGGAAUUGUGGCUCAGGCCCAGUUAUGGGCUGAACUGGGUCCCCCCAAAUCCACUUAUAUGUGCUGAGCCCAGUAAGUACCUCAGGAUGUGCCCUUAUUUGGAAAUGGAGUUCCUGCAGCUGCAGUCAGAUGCGCUCACCUGGAGGAGGGUGGACGCCCUUAUACAAGGGCAGACUGGACACAGACCCAACGCAAGGAGCAGGUCCUGGAAAGAUGAAGCCAGCAGCCGGCAAAGCAAGGACGCCCAAGGCGACGCCAGAAGCUGCGAGGGAGCCCCUCCACGUGGACGGAAAGCAGCUGGCCCCGCAGGGCCCGGGUCUCCUAACACAGCCAGAAAAUUGCCCUCCCUGGAGCGUCCAGCCAAGAGCGUCCUCCACCUCUGCACCAGCCGUGACCUCUGAUCACCCUGGCCCAGGCGAACUCUGUGGAGGCGGGGCUGUCCCUAGUCCGGUCUCCAGAGAUGCCCAGGAGAGUCAGCAGCGAGAGACGGCUGCAAAGCUGCCAAGCCAACUCUGACUCAGGAGAAGGUAGAAGAUGGAGGCUGUCGUCGAGGGCCCAGUGGCCACCAGCCUGGGAGGGCUACACGGGCAGAGUGGGGCAUUUAGGGAGUGACGCCACCGUGCACUGGACCGUAGGUGGCUCCAGGUCAUCAUCCAGAGCCAGAGUGAACCCCAAUGCCCAGGGCGGACACUGGGUGAGAAUGACGUGCCAGAGCAGGUCCAUCGACUGUCAGAGGAGUGCCCACUGGGGUGGGCGGGCAGCUGUACGGUGCUCAGGACGUAGUCAGGAAUCUGUACCUCCUGCCCCAUCUGGGGAACCCAAAGCUGCUGUUAGCAACAGUGCAUCCCAAACCAAAAUCCACUCAGGAGAGCAGGACAGGUGGGCAGCGACCUCAGCCUCCGGGUCACUUGGCCUGCUCUGGACUUGAGCCUGAACCUACCACAGUCUUGCCCAGGGGGAGGGACCGGCCUGCUGGACUUUCCUCAGGAAGGGGCAGGCUGGGUCCCCUCAGUUGACGGGGUCCCAGGUGCUGUCCCUUCCACAGAGGGCAGGCUGCCCCCGUGGAGCCGAAGGCCUGCGAUUCCUGACCUCUCAGCGUGUCUGCUGCUGGGCCCCUGGGCCUGCGGCACCACUGUCCGCAGCGCAUGGAGCUUGUUCUGGACUGAGCAGAGGACCCUCCCCAGGCCUUCGGCUGCCCUUGUGCCCCAGCCCUGGAGCCCUGCAGAUGGUAUGAGGCCUGCAGCAUCCGCUGCUCACCCAGCCGUCCUCAUUGGGCCCGGGGCUCGCCAUAGACCCUGCUGGUCACCCUCAUGCUGUCCUGUGACAGGGUCACAAGGACUGAGCCCACUGCAGCAGGGGAGGCCCAGGGAGCCUGAGGUCAGUGUGCCUGGUCACGCAGACGAUGGGACGAACAGACUCGGCUCCCAGGAGCACGUGCUCUGGGGCGGGCACUGUGCUCACUGUUUCACUAGUCCAGGGCCAGGUUUCCUGAUCUCCGUUUCCACCACUGAGAGGCGAAGGGGGCUCCAGAUGUUUCCCAGUGGCUCCAGACAGCUUCAGAUGACUCAGGGAGCUGGGGGCCUUCCACACACAGGUUCUGCCCCCUCCAGGAGGCG